GUGACGACAUCAACCUCUAAUUCAAAAGAGAAAAUCAAUUCUUCAAGAACACGCCCCUCGACACCGCUCACCUCAAAUCUCUCAUUCUUAACAAAAAAAGCAAAAACACACACACACAAACUCAUACAUAUACGUCAAUCAUGUCUUUCCUGGGAAUCGGUCGUCCUCAGCCCACCUCGGAGCAAAAGAUUGCUGCCGUCGAGGGCGAGAUGCGCAUGAUGGCUGAUACAUACAACCGCCUGCAAAAGACGUGCCAGAAGAAGUGCGUCCCGACCGACUACCGCGAGGGCGAGCUCAACAAGGGCGAGUCCGUCUGCCUCGACCGAUGCACGGCAAAGUUCCUCGACACUUCCAUGAAGAUUAGCGAGAUCAUGCAGCAGCAGGGUCAGGCCAUGGGCGGAGGCCCUCAGGCCGGUGGCAUGUUCUAGGUGGUCUUUUUCUUCUCUUGUUGUUGUUGUUGUUGGGGUACUUGCGACGAUGCGGAGUUGGAGAUUUCCCACAUUGGCGUGUUCUCUCGUUUGAUUAUGAUCACCGCCUUCGAGGGCUUGUGUGAAUGGGACGUCAUACGGAGGUCGGUUGUACGAUUAUAUGGGGUGGGGAUAGGAGGGAGGAGGAGUAUGCAGAAUGCAUGCGGUUUAAACGGGCUUUGAUAUUAUG